GUAAAGAGGAGGACACACCACAUCGCACGCAUCAGAAAAGGCAAGAGGGGAGAAGAAAUGGCGGAAAAUCUCAACAGCAAAGAGUUGUGUUUGGUGGUGCUUGGAGAAUACGAUUCAAGCAAAACAUCAGUGAUUAGCUGUCUGUUAAAGCGGGCAGACACUCAUCCAAGGCCAAGAACUAUAAACUGCUCUAGACACGAGGGUGAGGUGAGGGGCAGAAAAUUAAUCGUUGUGGACACCCCUGGGUGGUGGAAGGGCUACCCUCUAGAAGACACAAGUCAGAGAACCAAAGAUGAGCUUGUGCUGAGUGUCAGGAAGUGUCCUCCAGGGCCUCACGCAUUUAUUCUUGCCAUUGCUAGUUUAAUAGAGAGGAAUCUGAGGUCAGUGAUAGAGCACCUGAGUUUGUUUGGUGAUGAUAUCUGGAGACACACCAUAGUGGUGUUCACCAGAAGAGACUCAUUGGAGGGUACAACCAUAGAGCAGCACAUUGAGAAUGAGGGAAAGGCUUUGAAGUGGCUGGUAGAGAAAUGUGGGAAGAGAUAUUGUGUCUUUGACAAGAACAGAGGUGACAAGAAGACAGGUGAAGACCAAGUUAAUCAGCUUCUGGAGAGAAUAGAGGCUCUUAAAGACAGUAACAGAGGCAGGCAUUUUCAGAUGAAUGAGGAAACUUUAAGAGAGGUAGAUGAGAGGAAGAGAGAUGCUCAGCAGAAAGCAAGUGAACGUCAGCUUCAAGUUCAAGAAAAAAGAAAACAUCUGAGGAAACAGAAAGCCGGUGUGAUUAAUUCACUGUCAGAAGUCAGGAUUGUUAUGUUAGGAUGGGUGAUGUCUGGAAAAACCUCUGCCAAGAAUACCAUCCUCAACAAAGACAAAGAUGCUCCCCUAAACAAAACUGAACAAUGUGAAGCAGACACAGCAUCAGUGGAUGGCAGACGGGUCAUUGUUGUGGACACCCCUAGCUGGUGGAAAUUCUUCCCUGCGCAGUACACCCCUCAACUUGUGAAGCUGGAGCUCAAACAAAGUCUCAGUCUGGGAUCCAAGAGUCCACAUGCUGUCCUCAUUGUGGUUCCAGCAGGUGUUUCUUUCCUAGAGGAACAGAGGAAAAUCACAGAAGACAACAUGAAGAUGUUUGGUGACCACGUCUGGAAACACACCAUGGUGCUGUUCACACGGGGCAGCAGUUUGGGUAACAUGAGCAUUGAGGAGCACAUCGAGACUGAAGGGGAACCCCUCAGGUGGCUCGUGGAGAAAUGUGGGAACAGAUACCACGUCCUUGACAACAUGAAAAGAGGAGAUGGAUCACAGGUUAGGGAGCUGCUGGAGAAGAUAGAUGAACUUGAGGCAAGCUUUGACAUCCGUGAUCUGACACAAGAAGCCCCAAAGACUGAAAUUACACCAAGUUUUGACAAGGAAGAUGAGAAAAAAACUGAAAUGGUGGAGUUUCUGGAGAAAGAAUGGAACAGAAGGGACAGAAAACUGGAGGAGAGGGUCAGAAGACUUUGGCAAGAGACGUUUGGGUCAGCUGGGAGAGGAGAUGGAAGUCUGGACCGCAUGUGGCCUGACUUUUGUGAAAAUGAAGAGUCAUCAGAUUAUGGGAAGAGAAUACGAGUAGACUUGCCUCAGACAAAGAGUUUUGACCCCAAUCAUACGUUCUCAUCAGAGCAUUUCCCACCUCAGAGCAACUUCAAUGAAAAAAUGGCAGAGAUGUUUGAGAGGGAAUGGGGAAGAUGCAAAAGCAUCAAUGCUGACCGAAUUCGAGGGAUGCUCAGUCGUGGAACAGGAGCUGAAAAUGAACCUCACAAAUAUGGAAGCAAGGAAUGGGAAGAAUUGGCCCGCCAUGAAGCUGUUGUCAUGGAGAGGGUGCAGACCAUAAUAUCAUAUCUCUGCUCAAAGUCAGAUUUCGCAUGUGAACCUGACGAAGAAGAACGUCAACGAGCUAGAGAAAAAGUGCUAAUGUGGAAAACACAAACUUCGGGUCUGGGAUCUGAAUAACAUCUGUGAGAACUGUAACUACUUUUGCCAUUAACUGUUUUCACUAUACACUUUAUAUGUUUUAAAUCAGAUAGAAAAAAAACGUCUUUUGUUCUUUAUAACAUUUCUCUUAUGAUGUCUAUGCACAGAUGUUCAAAUAUGUGGACCUCAUUUUGGUCAUAAUUUUUACUGGGUGCACAUUUUGCUUUAUGGCAUCGUUGCUGAUUUUGUCAGUAGUUUGCUUUGUUGUUGGUACGUUUGUGCAGCAUCUUGCCAUAUACCUAAAUUCCAAGUCUGUUGUAUUGUUGAUAUCUUGUGACGUUUUCUCUCUCUCUCUCUCUCUCUCUCUCUGUCUCUCUCUCUCUCUCUCUCUCUCUUUCAUAUUAUACUUCCAUUAUCAGGGUUGUCCGUUACUUGCUUUUUUGAAGGUUAUGCAUUCUUUCACAUAUCAGCAUCAAAUAACGUAUUGGGUCUCUGCUGCUUUCUGGUUAAGUACUGUAAUGAGUACUGUAUUGCAUAUUUUGUAAAGUAUAUAAUAAAACAAAAAGGAACUGUAUUCCUUUCAUCAUGUUUUAAAAAAUAUAUAAUAUCCAAGCAAUUUAGGCCUACUAAAGUGUUGUAUUAGUAUAUGUUAGUACUAGUAGCCGAGAGCCAGUUUACUUAAAAUCAUAUGCCAUCUUCACAUUGCAAGUAGACUACUCAUUGCAGUGACAGUGGCAUUUUAGCCUCUUGUUGAGAGUACAUGGCAAAGCAGGAGUGCAUUUCUCAAAAGCGCAGGUGCUAACUAUAGCUACUUUGUUGGUUGCAAUGCAAUUUCCCAUUGGUAACUGCCAGCUCGGGUUGAGGUUGCUGAAAGUCUCUCAAUCUCAUACGAAUAAAGACUCAAGAAUUAUUAAACCGUUCCUUUCAAAAUAAAAUGCAAAUUGUAACAAUUUUGUUCAAAUAAGAUG